AUGUCUUCGUCGCCGUUAUUACGUCGUCGUCACAGCUCAGGCUCAUCUCAUGGCGGCCGUAAUCAUGGGCGGAACGACGUUUUUCAUGAAGAAGAGUCACGAAGAGAUCGACGGGGUAGCGAUGAUGACCGGUUUUCGCGUGGUGCCCGUCAUAUGUUUCGGAUUUUGGCUAAACGAGAUCCGAGAUUAACUACUGAAGAAGGACUACGAAGACUUUUUCAUGAGCUCGAUGAUGGAAGCGUCAUGACACAAGAAGAGCUCCUGGAGCGGAUGUUUCACACAGCUGAACUGGAAGAACAUAUCGACAAUGCCGGAGGUGUUACGCCGGAAGACGAAGACGUUUUUGUCGAGCACAUGCGAAAUACAGUAGAAAACGGUGACGUGGAUGAUCCUUCUGAGGCUAAAACUAGACGACGAGUGGUCAAAUCGAGUCUCAGCAAACUUGACACCUUUGUGGAGUAUCUUCUUCAGAAGAUAAAUCAACAAUGGCUUUCGUUGAUAUAUGCAGUUUUUCCGUUCCAUCAAGUACAAACUCUUGUGUUUAUUUGCUUGGUGCAGUUCGUGAGCCUGGCUUACGAGUCUGUGAAGAAUCAAGUUGUCCCUAUGUUUAGUUUGCCAUCGCUGUUUCUGCUACUGCCAGUGGUCAUGGCUUACAUUUCAUUCGUCUUGAUGGUCUACUUUACACUGAAAAUGUUCCACAACAAGAGCUUACAGCGAAAACGAAGAACUUGGGAACGUUUGAUUCAAGUAUUCAAUACGAAAUCUGAGGAAAACCUUGAUGAACCAGAGGCGGAGUCGUAUUUCAUCACUGAUAACAACUGGGAGCCUUAUAUAAACUUUGCACUAUCAGUUUCAUUGUUCAUAUUAUCAGUUGGUGCGGCUAACAGAAGGUUGCCUUACUGCAGUCUGGCGUGCGGAGUCUCUUCAUUCUUCGCUCUGGUGACAUUUGUCAGCUUAGCGGAUGCCAACGACAGAUAUGCUCUGUUUGGCAUGUUUGCGAACUUGAUGUCUUGCCUCCCAGUCAUCUUAUCGCGCAUGCAUUUUGCCGCAGGAAACUGGAGAAUUUGGCGGCCGUUUCUGCAGUUCAGAUUUGGUUACGUGGUUGCCAGUUUGGGAAUCCCCUCCUUAUGCCUGUUGUCAAUUCCUGUCGUGUACUUCUUGAUGGCAUCAAGAAAGAAGACUUGGACUGAUGCACUGCACACUGUAGCUCCCCAUAUCGUAUGCAUUGUCUGGUCGGAUGUUGCGAUGACACUUCUUAUGAUAGGCUGGAAAUCAUUUGGCUACGUGGAUUUCAUUCUGACUUCUUGCGCAGUAUCGCUAUUGUUCUUCCCAACGUUGGCAGCUGCCGUUGUGGUGCUGUCUGUUGUGGCCAUGCAGGCUCGAAGUGCUAUUGAUUUUGUCAGUUGGGCCAAAGUCGGAAUUACGCUUGUUGUUUUGGUGUCGCCCUUUAUCGUUAUGAAGCUCUACAAUUAUCUCUCAAACCGCUAUAAGUUCUCUAGAACGGCCAUAAACUGGAAAGGAACAGUUCAAUCAGUACGAGUGGUGAACAUCGACAAUUCAUUCGAAACCCUUCUUGGCUAUUUGCCAGAAUCGAUUGGACAAAGUCUAAGAUGUUUCUAUGACAGCAAUCGAACAACGAUCGAAGGUGAAGGCAUGCGCCCAAAUGAGUGUUCGCUUACGGAACACAAUGUGUACACGUUCGAAAUCGAAGUGUCUGGUCCUUAUGGAGAGCGUAUGGUUAGUAGCGCCAAAGGCCAAUUGAUAUUGAGUGCUAGCCAUGUAUUCUACGAGAUGCUGCAAUUGGUGGACGAAGGUUGGUCGCUUACCUGCUUAUGA